CCCCCCGGCCCGGGCUUCAGUUUCCCCAGCCUUCCUGUGGCCCUGGGCCCGCUCGCCCGGCAUUUGCCAAGCACUUACGAGGGGCCGGAUCUUGGGGGAACCAGACCGACAGACGCAGCCGGCAGGCGCGGCAGGGACACGUGAGCAAACACAGUCGUCACGCGGUGGGAAGUGCCACGCGCAGUGGGGUCCCUGGGGGAAGGGGACAGAAGCCGAGAGCAUCAGGGAGACUGAGUUCCUGGCCUGGGCAGAUGUGAUUGGGAAGCCUGCUCUCCUUUCCCAUGGAGCGAGGGUGAGGACCUUAGCAGUUUCACGUCUGUACGUCCAGUGUGAGGCAAACCACUGCAUGGUGAUGACCUGUGGAGCACCUCCUCUCUGGGAGUAGCAGUUGGAGACCAGGGCAAGGUCCACCUGGUCCACUUGAGCUCCUAAAGACCUGCAGUAGAACGGGGGACCUGUGACCUCUGCAUCCAGCUGGCCAUGGAACAGUUUGGCUCUGGCCACCAGCCCCUUAGGUGAGGACUCCAUCUGGGGUCCACAAUAUGGAAGUCAAGAAGACUCUUCCAGCCAGGGAAACUGCCCUUUGAAAACCAUGCCCCAGCUCUGCUGGUCCUUGACGCCAACCAUCUUCAAGAGAGGCUCCUGUCCCUGUUGGCCCACAGAUGGGGAGGUGGGCCCUCGAUGUGGCCUUUGUGUGGAAGGCAGUGCUGACGCUGGGCCUGGUCCUUCUGUACUACUGCUUCUCCAUAGGCAUCACCUUCUACAACAAAUGGCUGACCAAGAGCUUCCACUUUCCGCUCUUCAUGACAAUGCUGCACCUGGCUGUGAUCUUCCUCUUCUCCGCCCUCUCCAGGGCACUGGUUCAGUGCUCCAGCCACAGGGCCCGGGUGGUGCUCAGCUGGACUGACUACCUCAGAAGAGUGGCCCCCACAGCACUGGCGACAGCACUUGAUGUGGGCCUGUCCAACUGGAGCUUCCUCUACAUCACCGUGUCACUGUACACGAUGACCAAAUCCUCCGCCGUGCUCUUUAUCCUUAUCUUCUCUCUGAUCUUCAAGCUGGAGGAGCUGCGUGCAGCCCUGGUCCUGGUGGUCCUCCUCAUCGCUGGGGGCCUCUUCAUGUUUACCUAUAAGUCCACGCAGUUCAACGUGGAGGGCUUUGCCUUGGUGCUGGGGGCUUCGUUCAUCGGUGGCAUCCGCUGGACCCUUACACAAAUGCUUCUGCAGAAAGCCGACCUGGGCCUCCAGAAUCCCAUUGACACCAUGUUCCACCUGCAGCCACUCAUGUUCCUGGGGCUCUUCCCUCUUUUUGCCAUUUUUGAAGGUCUCCAUUUGUCCACCUCUGAGAAGAUCUUCCGCUUCAAGGACAUGGGACUGCUCCUGCGGGUCCUUGGGAGCCUCCUCCUUGGCGGGAUUCUGGCCUUUGGUUUGGGCUUCUCCGAGUUCCUCCUGGUCUCCAGAACGUCCAGUCUCACUCUCUCCAUCGCUGGCAUCUUUAAGGAAGUCUGCACCCUGCUGUUGGCAGCUCACCUGCUGGGUGACCAGAUCAGCCUCUUAAACUGGCUGGGCUUUGCCCUCUGCCUCUCUGGCAUCUCCCUGCACGUGGCCCUCAAGGCCCUGCAUUCCAGAGGUGAUGGUGGCCCUAAGUCCCUGAAGGGUCCAGGCUCCAGCGCUGACCUGGAGCUGCUGCUGCUCCGGAGCAGCCAGCAGGAGGAAGAAGAUGAUGAGUAUUUUGUGACCCAGGGGCAACAGUGACCAGCCCCGGAGCCAUGGAAGCAGGCCACUCUGCAGUCAGCGCUGCUGGCGGGGACUGGGGUCCAGCUGGUUCCUGAAGGUGUCUGCAAUAGUGGCCUCGGAGUCACCCUGGCAGGAGGGGUACUUGUUAGGGCCUCGGAGACCCUUCCCUCUGGAGCUUGGUCCUGGCUCACCCAGGACCCAAGCUGUCAGUGAAGGGAGCCUGGGGCCUCAUCUCCACAGUUGUCCUGGCUCCGGGAGCCAGGGUGAACUUCAGAGGUGUGGUAGUUUCUCAGGUUUAGACUGCGGGACAGCUGGAAAGGAAUCCUAAAGAGGCUGGGCCUCAUCACCUGGACAGCAGCUUCCUCAGAAGGUAGAUUAUUUAUAGUUGAAAUAAUGAUUUCCUUCUCCGCUGCCCAGUGUUGCCUGAGGCAUGAGAGCAAGGAGAGCCCAGGGGCCUGGCCUCUCCUGCUUUCCCUGCCUGGGGCCUUGUCCUCUGCUCUGCCUUCUGUAGCUCAUGCUCCUGUUUGUGUCCCAGAUCCCACCCUUGGGCCACACCACGGACCUAUCACAGGAAAUAAAUGAGUUUUUCUCAGUA